UUGUGUCACACCUCUGCAGGUGUCAUGCGCGCUCCUCUGCGGUGGGUGCUGUGGGAUGUAAAAGACACUCUGCUGAAGGUGCGUUCCUCUGUCGGAGAACAAUACUGUGAUGAGGCUAAACGAAUGGGCCUCAGCCUCAACCCUGCGGAGGUCAACGCUGCUUUCAGUCAGGCGUAUCGACAUCAUUCCAGCACAUUCCCAAACUACGGCAUCACUCACGGACUGGAUGGACAGUCUUGGUGGAAGGCAGUGGUGAAAGCCACCUUCUCCCUGUGCAAGGUGCGGGACCCGGCCAUACUGAAUACGAUGGCCCACCAUCUAUACCAGAACUUCAGCAAAGCAGAGAACUGGGAGGUAUUUCCAGACUCAAAGGUGGCUUUGGAGAACUGCUCCUUGCUGGGACUGCAGCUGGGAGUGGUUUCCAACUUUGACAACCGCCUUGAAGCCAUCCUACACAGUUGUGGGCUGCUGUCUCACUUCAGCUUCCUGGUGACGUCAGAAGGAGCAGGUGUAGAGAAGCCCGAGGCGGCCAUUUUUAACCAGGCACUGCAGAAGUGCGGCGUGCCGGCUGCCAGCGUAGCGCACGUCGGGGACCACUACGUGAACGAUUACCUGGCGUCACGCUCGGUCGGUAUCCAUGGCUUCCUUUUGGACCGAAAAAGCCCCUUUGAGCGACGUGAUGUCCCUAAAGAGCAUCGGCUGUCAUCGCUGGAUGAGCUGCCUGUGCGACUUAAACAGCACAUGGACGCACAAUAGCAUCAUUUUGUAGGAGAACAACCUAUUGGCAUGCGGGACGGUUGAUUGUCUCGCACAUGGAGCUGUAUCAACAACAACAACCCCACGGUGAUCCCCCCACCUAAGACAUCAAUGAGAAGGCGCCACACCUCAAGUUUAGAACUGCAGAAGCCUUUUUGAACUUAAAGAUUAAACCUUUUCAACAAACAAAGAGAACUCGGUUGCCUCGACUUCACCCUUUGCAGAUUACCAUAACCUGGAUCUACACAGUCAACUAUGUGUGUUUUUGCUUUUUUCUAUGGCUUGCUGUGUUGUAUGCCAGUGAAGAUAAUCAUAGAACAUUUGCGGCUGCUCAGUGCAGUGCAGUUACAACAAGACAACUUCAAUAAUAAAAGAACAAAAUGUACACCGCAAA